CAUCCAUCCAUCCAUCCAUCCAUUCCGGUGUAUUUCUCUUCGUUCGUUCAUCCAUCCAUCAUCAGCACCAGCAAUCCUUCCUUCCUUCCACUGACCUCGUCGUCGUCGUCGUCCUUGUUUUGCCCUCCAGCCCGUGCCCUCGACCGCCCACCAUGGUGCCAUGACGGCGGAUCCUCUCCACUUCGCAACAACAUCGACGCUGAACAGCCUCGGAUUGUCGGCCUGCGCGACCGUGGCCGGGCAGCCGUAGCGUUCGCCGCCCGCCCCACCCCCCGCCUUUUCUUUCCUACACUACUCUACCUCGACUACCUACAGUACAGUACAGUGCAGUACAGUACUGUCAUCAUCGUCUUGUUUCCAUCUGUCAGUCAGUCAGUCUGUGUUCUGGGCCGAUAAUUGUUUCUUAGCGUCUUGUUCCUCUCGUGCGUGUACCUUGCGUACAUUGUGCAUCGUGGAUAGCCGCGCACAGCGCCGACCUUGCUUUUGAUAUCGGUGCAUUGUAUCCCCGCAUUUCUCUCUCUCUGCCAUCCCUCGUCCUCUUCGGGCCACGCCACUCUCUGGGGCGUCCUACCCACCCACCCGCUUGCUUACCUCUUCUACCUUCCUUGCCGUCUCAUUUCAUACGCCCGACGUCUGUGUACCUCCGCAUCGCAUCGUGGAACUGGCCCUUUGAAUGCUUCCUUGCCAUCAUCUCUCCGUCUUUGAUCAUCAACCGUCUUCGUCGUCGUCGUCGUCGUCUGCUUGCUUGCCUGCUGCUGUUCCCACCCGAUCGGCCUGCACCUCCUCCUGCUCCCGCGCCCAACAUCGACCUUCUCGCCUCCCGACCCUCGCCCGUCGGCUGUCUCUGUCUACUUCCUGUCCUCCCUCUGGUCUUCCCUUCGGCAUCCCUUUCGGUGGCCCCCCGACCACCACCACCGCCGCCAACAUUAAUAUUCCAACCAGAUCAAAGGGCGCCGCCGACGGCGCACAAUCGCCCACGCUGGACUCCUCACACCCCGGCCAGCAGUCGCGCGCCUCUGCUGCCACUGCUGCUGCCGCUGCCGCUGCCGACUCCAGCCUGGUCCCUCCCUCUCUGGCCUCUUCCGCAUCCCCCGUUGUAAAACAACAGCCCGCUUCCCCAACUCUGCACCUCUCCCCAUCAACCGUACAAGCUUCACCACCCACUCAUUCUCGCCCUCUCUCCACCCUUUCCGACAGUGUUGCUGAUCGCCCUGCCCAUCUCAAGAGGACUGCAGAGAGCCGCCCCAGAUCCUCCAUUGCAUGCGCCUGGUGUCGCAGGAGUAAAGUCAAAUGCACCAACAAGGGCCAGAAUACCGUUUGCGAUACAUGCCAAAAAAACCGCAGAGAGUGCGUUUAUGAAAUACAUGUAGGCAAGGACACUGCCUCCAAGAACGGCCAUGAUGCCUCUGCCGAGCGCUCCAGCGAGGCUCCUCGUCCCAAAAAACGGAAAGUUGUCUCUUCCUCUGAUACCGUUUUUACCGACGGGGAUUAUCUAGACCCCACCAUUCUGACUCCAACCGUCUGUCUGGACUUGUUCAACAUUUUUGAGCAGCAUUUCGCCAUAGACUUGCCUUUUCUGCAUGCGCCGACUUUCAAGAAACUUUUGCGCAACGGUAACUUCAAGCAACUUGAUAGCCCUGGGUUGGUCAGAAUAUACGCCUUUCUUGCUCUUACGGUUCCCUUCCAUAAAUCGUUUUCCAGAGAGGCGCGAGACGAAGCCGACCGCAACCGUGAGGCUGCGAGGGUCGCCCAACAGUAUGCCAAGAAUGCCCAUACCGCGCUUUUUGACGUAGAACAACCAACUCUGGAAACGACUCAAGCUCGCCUCAUGCUCACUUUGCACGAAUGGGCCAACCGCCAAGGCACAAAGGCAUUCACAACACUGAGCAGUGCCAUUACACAUGCUCAACUUCUCGGCUGCCACAUGCAAGCUGAUUUCAAUCCCAAGGUCUAUCCCGUGUGUGGGCAACCUGCAGGCCCCAGACAUCGCCUCCAAGGACACGAACGAUGGAUUGAAGAGGAAACCAAGCGGCGUGUGUUCUGGAGCUGUUACAUCCUGGAUAGCUUUCUUUCCAGUUCGGACGCGCGGAAACUGAAAAUCGAUGAUGAUGUCCAUAUCCAGCUGCCCUGUACCGAGCGCUCCUUCAAGCACGGGAAGAAUGUUAGGACUAUGGCGUUGCACGAGACAAAUGCCCAGUUCAGGGAACGGAAAGAUGCCGUCCGACGUGAUGCCGCAGAAGCCGAUGGCAAAUAUUCAACGCACAUGGUUGAUGCCAAGGAUGCCAAGUGGGAAGACGAAGAUCAACAAGAGAUACUUUGCUGGUAUAUUCGUGCCCUGGGUAAUUUCAGGAGCAUCACGUACUGGGCUGUUGUGGAUUCCCGGCGUAACGAGCAAUUCCCACCUUGGGAUAGCAAAAACUCAAAAUUCUACAAAUUGAGAGCGAAACUCGAAACAUUCAUAGAUAGACUGCCUGAUGAGAUCAAAUUGUUCCCUGAGCAGAUAAAUACCCACAUAGAAGACGGAACCUCACGAAGCUAUACGCAUCUACACUGCGUGAUAUCCAUCUGCGAGAUCACGUUGCAUCGCGAGUGGCUACCCUUUGCGCCGUUUGGGAGAGACAAACCAGAAGGUCCCAUAGAUGAACCUUUGGUGAAGGAAAGUCCUCCUCCCCAUGAUCCGGAUUAUUGGGACAAGAGCGCACAAAAGUGCUUCAAUGCCGCGCGCAACAUCAUUGAAUUGAUGUGGUUGUGUCACCAGCACGGAGUCAUGGUCAACAAUCCACUAUCUGGAUUCGCCAUAUAUAGUAGCUACUUCACGGUUAUAUGGUGUAAAUUCUUCCCUAAUUUCGAUACCGCUGAUCAUCUGUGUACGGAUGCGUCUACAAAGGAUAUGCGCAUCCAAGAGUAUGCCCGGCGGUUGAAAUUGAUGCUUGAGGAGGCUGCAUUGCACGUGAGAAUGACGGUGCCUUGGCUAGUAACUGUCUCAAAGUUGCACAAAUUUCUAGGGGAUGCCAAAAAAGAGUAUAAGAGACAUGUGGAGCAGAUCGGGUCGCCUGAGAGCAACAGCAGCGGCUCUGCGGAUAUUGCUCUGCCUCCUUUGCCAGGACUUGACGAUUACACGGACCGAUUCGAAAGAUUCCAGAAACUGAUCUUUGAACAUGGCAGUGGUUCUCAAGACGACAGCAAUGAUAGCAGAAAGAAGGCCGACAUCGACUUUCGUGACGGUCUUGAAGUACACAGCGAGACUUGCAGUCCAGCACCCCUCAAAGUCGACGAUGACGAAAGGACAGUUGCAGGGUCCCCCGCAAAUCAACCACAAAACAUCGGGCCACCGCCUUCAGCCUGGAAUGCCGUCAAUUCAUCGAAGACAGAAAAUGUAAUGUCCAAUCCGCCGACACCAAGGCUCGAUGUGAAUGGAAACCCAAGUUCAACCCAUUACUCAGCCCCCAGCACGUACUACACCCAACCACCCCCAAUUCCAUCUGCUACACCCUCUCACUAUGCUUCUAUUCCUCCCGCUAUCUCGUAUGGACCCAUGAAUGGGCAGCCGCCCAUGCCCCCCUAUGACUACCAGAUGCCGACACCACAGCAACAGUACGAUUCAACAACAUACAUGAAUUUCAGUGAGUUCGGUCAUAGCGAGGGCCACCAGAUGAUCCACUUCACCGGCGGCAACGAGGGGAACGUUACUGGCGCUGUACCGUUUACUCAUCCAUUGUAUCAUGCUACCGAAAAUGACCUCUAUUUUGGCCAAACCUUCCUUCCUCCUGAGCAGAACAAUUGA